GCAAGAUGGCCAAACUUUACAUUGGUAAUGUUGAUAAGCACACCGACAAGCGCGAGCUGGAGACGGAGUUUGCUAAGUUCGGAGCUCUGAGAGAAGUCUGGGUUGCCCGACACCCUCCUGGAUUCGCUUUCGUCGAGUUCGAGGAUGACAGAGACGCAGAAGAUGCCAUCAGAGAAAUGGACGACAGGAGUGUUUGUAACAGCAGAAUCAGAGUAGAGUGGGCCAAGUCUAACGGCAGAAAACCCCCUCCUCGAGACAGAGGUGGUUUCAGUGGCAAACGAAAAUCCAGGUCUAGAAGCCCACCCCGAAAGAGGCGCAGUCCUCCUCCAAGACGACGAUCCCCGUCUCCAAGAAGACGAUCUCCUUCCCCCAAACGAUCCUCCCCGAGACGAUCUCCUAGACGAUCUGCCUCCCCCCGGCGAGCAGCAAGUCGUAGUCCACGAAGGAGUCCUGACAGAGAGAUGUACCGCGGCGGCAGCCCCAGCAGAAGAGGUGGCAGCCCCAGAUACGACGAUUACAACAGAUAGAAAGUCCAAAGCUACCAUACCCAUCCAAGGCUGAACUCAAUUUAUUCGGGCUGAACAUCUUUUCUGUAUAUCCGUGGACUAAGUUUUAAUGGUUACGAAAAACGUUACUUUCUUAUUUGUAUCGCAAAUACACGAAGCAGACUUAUUUUUACUUUACUGUGCUAGAUGUAGUCCCUUUCACCCUUGAAACUUUCACAUGCUUUCUUGAGUUCGAAGAAGUCUUCUUACAACACCGGAUAUUUAUUAUUUACUGAAUAUUUUGAUAUUAUAUGAUUGUAAUUCUUCACUCUUGACGUACAACGAUAUGAAA